AUGGCAACAUCAGCCCAGCAACAAAGAUAUUCCAAUAUUUCCGUUGGAUCUUCUUUAACCCCCAGUACAAAUUCAUCAUGGCUGUCAUCUUCUGGACUCUAUGCCUUUGGAUUCUACAGUGUAACCAAUGGCUAUGCUGUCGGAAUUUUUCUUGCUGGGAUUCCAGAAAAAACUGUAGUGUGGACAGCCAACAGGGAUGAUCCCGUUUCUCCCAUCAAUGUGGUUUUGCUAUUAACCAACGAUGGACGGCUCAUUUUGCAGCACGAAAAUGGAGACGAAAUAGUGAUUGUGAAUCCCAACACGUCUGUUGCUUCAGCUUCAAUGCUUGACAAUGGCAAUUUCGUGCUGUACAAUUCGUCUCAGAUUAUCACGUGGCAGAGUUUUGAUAACCCGACGGACACUCUUUUGCCUGGCCAACACCUCUCAGUCGGAAAAGAGAUUUUCUCCAGUGUUUCGGAGACAAACCCUGCCACAGGGAUUUUCCGUCUCAAGAUGCAAUCUGAUGGGAACCUGGUGCAAUACCCUGUGGGAGCUGAAGACAUGAAGAAUAAUGCUUACUAUUCAUCACACACCUAUGGAAUGGGCAAUAAUAUAUCAUUGAAUCUUGAUAAUAAUGGCCAUUUUUAUUUGUUCAAUGGAAGCUCCAUUGUAAGCAAUUUAACUCCAGGACAAUAUCGAACAAGUACUAUCUACCUCGUGAGAAUUGAUGUGGAUGGUAUUUUUCGACUAUAUAGUCGCUCAUUGGAUCGUCAAGGCAACUGGACUAAAGAAUGGUCAUCCACCGAAGAUAAAUGUGUCCCAAAGGGUUUGUGCGGGUUAAAUAGUUUCUGUAUUAUCAUGGAUGGGGUUACAAGGUGUGAAUGUCUUCCAGAAUUUUCACUUGUUAUUCCAGGCAAUUGGAGCUCAGGAUGUGAGAGGAAUUUUUUCAUGGGAGGUUGUAAAGACAACGAUCAAAAUGUCAGUUAUAAAAUCAGAUCACUGGAUAAUACAGUGUGGGAAGAUACUUAUUAUGCGCUUUCAAAAAAUACGACGACUAAAGAAGACUGUGAAAAUGCUUGUUUAGAGGACUGCAACUGUGAUGCAGCUCUCUUUAUCGAUGGAAUCUGCAGAAAGCAAAAGCUUCCAUUGAGAUACGGAAGAAGAUUGCAGGGUGAUGAUUCAAAUGUUACUCUUGUCAAGGUAAGCACACGUUCAUCCUUCACACAGGGAGUUCCUAAUAAUUCAGCUAAUGAAAUCAAGAAAGAACGUCAUCUAGACAUGUACAUCAUCGGCAUUUCGCUUGUUGCUUUGGCUGCAUUGAUCUUGGCAAUUUCUUGGGUUUAUGUCCACCGAAAUCAUGUCGGGACCUAUACGAUUUCCAACAAUAGAAAUGUUGAAAUGAUUGAUGAUGUUGGUUUACGAGCAUUUACUUAUGCAGAACUUGUGCAAGCCACAAAUGAAUUCGAAGAAGAGCUCGGUAGAGGAGCUUCUGGUACAGUUUACAAAGGGAUCCUAUCAAAUGACAAAAUUAUUGUGGCUGUGAAGAGGCUUGAGAAAGAAUUAGCAGGAAUGAGAGAGUUCCAGACUGAGAUGAAGGUGAUAGGGAAAACAUAUCAUCGUAAUCUAGUCCGACUUCUUGGUUACUGCCAUGAAGGAUCCAAGUGGCUUCUGGUAUAUGAAUACAUGAGCAAUGGAUCACUUGCAGAUGUACUUUUCAAUCCUGAAACUCGACCAUGCUGGGAAGAAAGAAUUAGAAUUUCUCUUGAUAUUGCCAGAGGCAUCCUCUACUUGCACGAGGAGUGUGAGACACGAAUCAUUCACUGUGAUAUUAAACCGCAAAACAUUCUCAUGGAUGAGCGCAGGUGUGCAAAGAUUUCCGACUUUGGACUGGCAAAACUCUUAAUGCUAGAUCAAACAUACACAGAUACAGGGAUCAGAGGAACAAGGGGUUAUACUGCCCCAGAGUGGCACAGGAAUUUACCUGUAACAGUUAAAGCAGAUGUAUACAGCUUUGGAGUCGUGCUACUAGAAAUCAUAUGUUGUCGAAGAAGUGUUGAUCGGAGACUCUCUGAGAAUGAAGCUAUUCUUCAAGAAUGGGUUUACAACUGUUACGCUGCCAGAGAGCUGAAUAAACUGGUGGGAUAUGAGGAGGUUGACACAAGAACAUUGGACAGGAUGAUUAAAAUUGCUAUCUGGUGCAUCCAAGACGAGCCAUCCAUGCGUCCGUCAAUGAGGAAUGUUCUAUUGAUGCUGGAUGGGACUUUAGACAUUCCAGUACCUCCAUGUCCUUAUUCUUUCCAAUGUACCAUUUAG